AACACACAAGACACAUGCUGAAAUUGUCCAUGCAUUUUCCCUUCCUGAGGACUCAAAAGAGCGCAAGAUAUUAUUAGAAAAAAUGAGGAAUAAGGGAAAUUUUAAACAUAACACUGCAGUUUUGCAAGAUGGAACAGGAUCACUGAAAGUGAAGAGAAAGCCAAAAGCUAAAACACUGGCAGGAAAGUUUAUUCACUGUAUGUAUUGUCAAGGGAUGUACAUACGUAAGGAGCUUUGGAGACAUGUCCGCAGAUGCCCCUGUAAGCCAGAAAACGAAGAUUUGGAUGACAAACCUGGGAGAACCAAAGUACUGGGCUUGGCUGCAACUCUGGAGUCUACAUUCUGUCAGCAGAUCUCAAGUGGAGUGUGGAAGCUCCUUAGUGUCAUGAAACAAGAUGAGGUGGCCUCAGUUGUGCGAAAUGACCUCUCUAUUAUUCAGUUUGCCCAGUCACUCUACAACAAACAUGGACAAGACCCUACAAAAUAUGAAUACAUUCGACAGAAGCUCCGUGAAGUGGGGCGUCUGUUGUUAUGCCUGCGUACAGAAUUCUCAGUACAUAACCUAGAGGAGGCUGUUAAACCUGCUAACUUCCAGAGAGUUGUGCAAGCAGUAAAGAAAGUUUCAGGUUUUGAUGAAGAAAAACACUCGUACCAGAAACCAAGCCUUGCGCUGAAACUGGGGCAUACACUGCAGAAAAUCGCUGACAUUAUUCAUUGUAGGGCACUCAUGGCAGAAGAUGAAGAGCUGAUCAGGUACACUGACAUAUUCAAGAAGUUGUACACCUCCAGGUGGGCUGAGUUGGUGUCUCACAGUGCCCUGAACACACUGAGUGAUGCAAAAUACAACAAACCAUCAACCUUGCCCUUCACUGAAGAUGUUCAGAUCCUUCAUCAGUACCUUGAGAAAUCUGCAGAAAGUGCCUUCUGCAGCUUGAAGGAAGAGGCCACCACUCAGAACUAUGCUCAACUUGCAAAACUCACACUUGCACAAAUCAUUGUGUUCAAUCGAAGACGUGCUGGGGAAGUUUCAAAAAUGCGCCUCAAAAGUUUUCAUGAAAGGGACAACACAAAGCUCCAUGAAGAUGUUGCCAUGGGGUUGUCAAAGACUGAACAGAAGCUCUGCAACUUUUUCAGCCGAAUUGAAAUCAUGGGGAAAAGGGGCAGAAAAGUUGCAGUUCUGCUCACACCAAGUGUGGUGGAUGCUUUGUCACUACUUGCUAGUAGAAGAACUGAAUGUGGCGUUUGUGCCACAAAUGUCUUCCUGUUUGCAAGACCAACGUCAAUGAGCCACUACAGAGGACAGGACUGUUUGCGUGUUCAUGCAAGCCAGUGUGGAGCAAAGCACCCGGAGUACCUCAGGUCAACACAACUCAGGAAACAUGUUGCCACACUCUCACAAGUCCUUAAUUUAAAAAACAAUGAACUUGAUCAGGUUGCAGACUUCCUGGGUCACGACAUCCGUGUUCACCGCGACUUCUACAGAUUACCAGUUCCCACAACACAACUGGCUAAGAUUUCCAAACUGCUUUUGUCAAUGGAGAAAGGACACCUUUCAAGCAUGCAGGGGAAGUCACUGGAUGAGAUUGAAAUUGAAGAUGAGAUUGCGUUAAGUGACGCUGAAGACAGUGGGAGCGAAUCUGAUAACAGCAACACAGAAGUCACAGCAACAGAGUUUGGAACUGUGGAGCCUGAGGAUAUUGACUCUACAACCACAGAGCGAGGCCAUGACAUUGGAGGCUUUGGAUCAGUGUCAUUUGUGUCGUCCACAGUAAAUGAGAGUGUACUUCCCUCUGAAGGGAAUUAUGCUGAUAAAGAACAUGGAUCCAGAAGAGUGGCAAAGAAAGUGUGGUCUAAGGCUGAGGUCGCCGCAGUAAUGCGACACUUCAAAGAUCAUAUAAGCAGGGGAAAACUGGCCACCAAAACUGAAUGCAGUCACUGCAAACUGGUGGAAGACCCCGUGUUGGCACAAAGAACAGUGCAAAAUAUAAGGGACUUUGUUAGAAAUAGAGGAAUAACUGCAAAGAGGCAGUCACAAAACGAAAAGAUUUAAAUACACUGACAGUUGUGGUGGUGUGUUUGUGUUAAUAUGUUUUAAAAAGUGUGGCUCUUGUGUUACAAGUUAUCUGCCUGUUAUAGGUUGUAAUAAUGGCAUUUUAAAGGUUCAGUACAAAAAUAGAAGGUGGAAUUAUACAAAGAGGCCAUCACAAAAACAAUUUUAUUAUACAUUUUAUUAAUUUAUUUUUGUUAUGAGCAACCAUAGGUCUUUUGAAGUUGGGUAAGAAUGAGAAUCAAGCAAAAAAGCUAAAAUAAGUUAUUGUCGCGGCACUUGUGUUGUGUGACAAUCUAUUGUUUAGCUGUUCCAGGCUGCUAUCUGGCUGUUAGUCAGUGUCACUAACUAACAAUGGUGAUAUUUGAGUUGUACAAUAAAAUAAUAAUUAAGUCCCA